AUGACUUUCAUAGACAGACCUUCACCGGACAAUUGUUCAGUUUUUGACACGCUCGCGAUAAGUGCGGCAGAAGUGGCUUUAAACAAUUUUAGAUGGCAGUACGCCUCGUUAAUCCUAUUUAACCCGGCAUUUUUCUGUGGUGUUAACGUUUUCUUAAAAUUUUAUCAAAAAAGCAUAAUCAUAGGACAGAGCACAUUCAACCCAUGGGUUGUGGAAAACACUAAACAAUUCGUCUUAUUCAUAAGUGAUUUAACGGAUCUGUUAGAUUUCUUGGACUGGUUGAAAACUCAAAGAUUUAAUAACACAGGAAAAUAUCUUGUGAUAUGUAACACAAUAGCUGGAUGGCCCUGUGAUGAAUCUAUUGCCGUUAAUUUGCUUUGGGAGUAUAGGAUGGCAAAUGUUAUUUUUAUUAAAUACGACGAAUUUCAAGAGCCAAUUGGCUUUACCUAUAUCCAAGAUUACACAUGUCGCAACGGCCCACCAAUAGAAGUAAAUAAUUGGGCCACAUGUAUUCGAUCCAAAAAUUCAACAAAAUGCCAGGAUAUGUUUCCUAUUAAGUUUAAGAAUUUGCACCGAUGUCCGCUAACAGUUUCAACGUUUGAACAAACUCCAUUCAUGAUGCUAGGGAAUGGUACUCCGACCGGGGCCGAUGGUGAUCUUCUAAGAGUUAUCAUCAAAGCCUUGAACGCAAGCCUUAUAAUGGUAACACCGAAACUUGGCUCUGGUUGGGGGAAACUCGAAGAGAAUGGUACUUGGUCGGGUUCUCUUAGUGAUGUUUACUACGACUGGGCCAACUUUUCUAUGACAUCAGCCAGUAUCACACUUCACCGAUAUAGAUAUUUUCAAAUGUCCAAAGAUUAUAGAACUGUCACGAUUGUCUGGAUCACGCACCCCUCAAACCCAGAACCGUCAUUAUUUAAACUCUUGAGGCCAUAUAGGAAAGAAGCUAAAAUAAUUUUGUGUUUAAACUUUAUUGUUAUCAUGAUCGCAGUUGCCAUCUUUAAAAUCUGA